CCCCUGGUUUAGGGGGUCGUGGGUGGACGGGACAGUGGCCCGUCCCUUUCAGAGGCGGUGGAAGCCGGCGGGUGUGCGUGAGCCUUGCAAUCUGUGAAGUGCUGUGCAGAUGAGCCUCCUGGGGUCAGCAGCGGCCUCAGCUGGGACUGGGAUCGUUCAGAGGCAAUAUUGUUUCUUGCCCAGAGCGCUUGUGGCUGGUACCUUUGGGGUUUUACUCUUAGCUGCCGAGAAUCUGCCUUCGUGUGGGUUUCCCCAGAAUCAGACCCGGGGACGAGGAUGCAGGGACAAGGGGUGUAUCUGGGAGCUGACCCCAAGAUACGGCAAUAGCGGAGUGCGGAAGUGAGCACAGGGCAGGGCACGCAGCCGCUAAAGGGUUUGUAAGAAGCGGUUGCACUGUAGGCACUCGGAGCUUAGUUAGUUCUGCUUGGGAGACACGGGGGGACGUGGCUUGGAGUCGUCUCCGCUGAGGGCAGGGGAGCUUGGCAUCCGUCAGCUCCCCCCGAGUCACUGGUGGAGGCUGAUUUCUCGGAGCGCUAGCUCCCAGGCUCCUGCAGCUGCAGCACAGAUCCCCCAGGUUCAUGAACCACCGAGUCCCUGCCCACAGGAGGUACCAGCCCACGGAGUACGAGCAUGCCGCCAACUGCGCCACCCAUGCUCUCUGGAUCAUUCCCAGCAUUCUCGGCAGCUCCAACCUCUACUUCCUGUCGGACGAUGACUGGGAGACCAUCUCUGCCUGGAUCUACGGCCUCGGCCUCUGUGGGCUCUUCGUGGUGUCCACCGUGUUCCACACGAUCUCCUGGAAGAAGAGCCACCUCAGGACGCAGCCUUUUCCCUGCCGUUGGCCAGAGCCCUCAGUGCUCGUCCGUGAAGACGGGCCCACCAUGUUCUAUGGGACCCACUUCAUCAUGUCCCCACCUGCCAAGAGCAAGCUGAAGCGGCAGGGCCAGCUGCUGUCCAGCGUGCUGUCCCGGACGCUGAGCUACAAGUACCGUGACCUGGACACCACCUGCUCCAGCCUGGGCAGCAGCGACGACCCGGCCGAGCUCUCCACCCAGCUCUCGGCCCCUGGGGUCCUGAAGGUGUUCGGGGACAGCGUGUGCACGGGCACCCACUACAAGAGCGUCCUGGCCACCGGCACGUCCAGCGCCCGGGAGCUGGUGAGGGAGGCCCUGGAGCGCUACGCCCUGAGCCCCGAGCGUGCCGGCCAGUACGUGCUGUGCGACGUGGUGGGCCAGGCCGGCGACUCCGGGCGGCAGUGGCAGGCCGAGGGCUUCCGGGUGUUCGGCGACAACGAGAAGCCCCUCCUGAUCCAGGAGUUAUGGAAACCCCGAGAAGGCUUGUCCCGGAGGUUUGAGCUGAGAAAGAGGUCGGAGAUGGAGGAGCUGGCAGCCAGGGACGUGGACACCGUGACGGCAGGGAUAAACGCCCAGGCCCGGAGACUGCAGCGGAGCCGCGCCAAGGGAACCACAGCCCCGGCCGCGGGGGGCACCUGGAGCCCCCCUCCACCCCGCCUGCGCCGCACGGUCAGCGAGACCAGCCUGGGCUCGGCCAUUGCCCCGCCGUCCACUGCCCGGGGCCCCGAGGAGCCCGGCCAGGACGCCAUGCGCUGCUCCCUCUACGAGUCGCCCCACCUGCUGCUCCUGCAGGGCUACAGCCAGCAGCACGACAGCCUGGUCUACGUGCUCAACCGGGAGCGGCACACGGUGGGCCAGAGGACCCCCUCCAGCAAGCCCAGCAUCAGCCUCUCGGCCCCCGACAUCCUGCCCCUGCACUGCACCAUCCGCAGGCGCCGGCCGUUGGGCCGAGCUCAGGCGGGGGCACAGCUGGUCCUGGAGCCCAUCCCCGGGGCGUCCGUCUCGGUCAACUUCUCGGAGGUGGGGGGCCGCGCCGUGGCGCUGCGCCACGGGGACCUGCUCUCCCUGGGCCUGUACUACCUGCUGCUGCUGAAGGACCCAGCGCAGGCCCAGCCCCUGCCCGCCCAGGCCCUGGCCCGCCUCCGGGCCGUGCCGGAGAGCUGUAGGAUGUGCGGCGCCCCGCUCCGGGCCCGGGGCGCCUCGGUCUCCGCGAGGCCCGGACCCCCCCGGGCGCGGCCGCUGCACCUGGAGUUCGAGCCCGACAUGGAGGACGCGCUGCUGCAGCGGAUCAUGACGCUGGUCGAGCCGGGCGGCAACGACCACAAGCUGACCCCCGCCUUCCUCCUCUGCCUCUGCAUUCAGCACUCGGCCACCCGCCUCGAGCCGGGCUCCUUCGGGCAGCUCCUGCUCAAGAUGGCCAAGAUGAUCCGAGAGACGGUCUGGGAGAAAACCAAAGAACUCGCCGAGAAGCAGGCACACCUCCAGGAGCCCCUCUCCACGGCCAGCUUCACCAUGGCGGGCCUGGUUCCGGACCUGCAGCACAUCCUCUUCUGGAUGUCCAACUCGGUUGAGCUUCUGUACUUUAUCCAGCAGAAGUGCCCACUCUACAUGCAGAGCCUGGAGGAGGACCUGGAUGUCACAGGCUCGAAGGAGUCCCUGUUCUCCUGCACGCUCACGGCCAGUGAGGAGGCCAUGGCCGUGCUGGAGGAGGUCAUCCUGUACGCCUUCCAGCAGUGCGUGUACUACGUCUCCAAGUCCCUGUACGUGUGCCUCCCGGCCCUGCUGGAGUGCCCCCCCUUCCAGCUGGAGUGCCGCGAGAGCUGGUGCUCGGCCCCUCAGCUGCCCGAGGAGCUGCACCGCGUCGUGUCCAUCUACCAGGCCACCCUGGACCUCCUGCGGCCGCUGCAGGUGCACCCCGAGAUCGCCGCCCAGGUGCUGGCCUACCUCUUCUUCUUCUCCGGCACGCUGCUCUUCAACCAGCUCCUGGACAAGGGGCCCUCUCUGAGUUGCUUCCACUGGCCCAGAGGCGUCCAGGCCUGUGCCCGCCUGCAGCAGCUCCUGGAGUGGACACGGAAUGCCGGCUUUGGCGAGGCUGGAGAGCGCUUCUUCCGGAAGCUUUCCUGCACACUCAGCCUGCUGGCCACGCCCAGUGCCCAGCUCGUGCAGAUGAGCUGGGCGAACCUGCGGGCCGCGUUCCCUGCCCUGAGCCCCGCGCAGCUGCACCGCCUGCUGACCCAGUACCAGCUGGCCUCGGCCAUGGGCCCCAUGAGCGCCUGGGAGCCAGGUGCCCAGGACAGCCCCGCAGCCUUCAAGUCAGAGGACAUCCUGGAGUCCUAUGAAAACCCCCCACCCAUCGUUUUGCCGAGCGAGGGCUUCCAGGUGGAUCUGGAGGCCGACUGCCUGGACGACAGCCUCCACCAGCACCUCCUCUACAUCCGCCACUUCCUGUGGAGCCUGCGGAGCAAGCCCAGCCCCGGCGGCAGGCCCGCGCGGCCAGAGUGUCUCCAGGGCCCGCAACACACCAGCCCCGAGGGCCACCCUGAGGACCAGAGCCGCCCCCUGGCUUCCAGGGACCCUGGCAGGGGAGCCCGUGAGGCCGGCUUGGAGCGCACGCCUCCUUCCGCGGGGGACCCCCAGGCACAGGGCCCUCUGGGAAGGCCGCCAGGCCGCGUGAGCCGUGGGGGGGCCCAGGCCGGGGACCCACACGGGGACCCCUCGUGCCUGCUCACGCCUCCCGGCACCCCACUCAGCCUGGAACCCGCUGUCCCCGACUGGCCGGAAGCCAGCAGUGCCUGUGGGGAAGUGCUUCUGGAAGGGAGGAGGAACGGGCCGAGCGGCCCGGGGUGCGCAGCCCCACAAGGAGACUGUGCGGCCCCGGCAGCCGAGCCCCCUCCAGCCCCCUCCAGCCACAGCUCCAGCACGGACGACUUCUGCUACAUGUUCGUGGUGGAGCUAGACCGAGGCCCCUCCGGGCUGGGCAUGGGCCUGGUCGACGGGAUGCACACACCCCUGGGCGCCCCAGGGCUCUACAUCCAGACCCUGCUCCCGGGCAGCCCCGCAGCGUCCGACGGGCGGCUGUCGCUGGGAGACCGCAUCCUGGAGGUGAACGGCAGCAGCCUGGUGGGCGUCAGCUACCUGAGAGCCGUGGAUCUGAUCCGACACGGGGGAAAGAAGGUGCGGUUUCUGGUUGCCAAGUCAGACGUGGAAACGGCCAAGAAGAUCCGCUUCCGCACGCCCCCUCCCUAGGCGCCGUGCAGGGGCGGCCCGAGCACCUACGCCUGCGGCUCCCAGGUUACGGCCCCUUCUGCCAGGCUGUUCGGUGUGGCUGCGUCACCCACAGGACGCUAGCCGCAGUCCCUAGUGUACAUUUUGUUUUAUUGAUAUGACACAUAACACUAAGUUGUGAUGCUUGUCACAGAGCCUUCGUGUUUGAAGAUUUGAGUGUUAAAGUAUAGAUUCAAUAAACUAUCUUUCGUAUUGUA